GCAUGAUUCAAAAUCUCACUAGAUGCGACCAGAGAAACUUUCCUAGCGAAAGUGAAUUUUUAGUUACGUAUUACUUUUUCAUAGUCAUUCCAUAGUUUAAUGAAUUUCCGCAAGUGUUAGCAUCCGUGUAGUUGUUGAUAGUUCUUUUAAAAUACUCUUUUGUGAAAAGUGAGUGAUCUUUUGGUGUUUUGUUUAGAAAAUUUUUUUUAAUAUAGAAUAAUCAUAGUCAUGGAGUACAAUAUAUAUUGUCAAUUAUUAUUGUAUAUUAUCUUAAUUGUGAUAAUAAUAAUUAUCAUAAACACAGUAACUAAAGGAAAAUGUACAGAUUCUAGAAGAUUAGAUGGUCAAGUUAUAAUUAUUACCGGAUCAAGUAGAGGAAUUGGCAAAUGUACCGCUUUAGAUUUAGCAAAAAGAGGAGCAAAAAUUAUCAUAGCAUGUAAUGAUAUAAUUGAAGCUAAUGAAGCUAGAGACGAAAUAAUAAAAAUAACUGGCAAUGAAAAUAUUGAGGCACACUUUUUGGAUUUAAGUUCAUUUUUGAGCGUAAGAGAAUUUGUAAAAAAUUUUAUUGCCAAUGAAAAACGAUUAGAUGUUCUCAUCAAUAAUGCUGGUACUGCUGUAACUGCAAAGAAAAGAACUAAAGAUGGUUUGCCAUUGGGAUUGCAAGUUAAUCACUAUGGUCAUUUUUUGCUGACAAAUUUAUUAAUUGAUUUAUUAAAGAAAUCAGCACCUAGUCGAAUAAUUCACGUGUCAUCAAUAUUGCACAUACUUGGAAGAUUGGAUUUUGAUAAUAUGAAUUCUGAGAAAAGCCAUAAUAUGACAACACUUUAUUGUGACAGUAAAUUGUAUAAUGUGUUGGGUAGUAACGAAUUCGCAAAACGUUUAGAAGGCAGUGGUGUUACAUCAAAUUGUGUGUAUCCUGGUGCUGUCAGAACUAAUAUUUUCGAACAUAUUUUAUUACCAAUCAAAAUGAUAAUUGUUGUUUUGGGAAUAUUGUUCUUCAAGACUCCAGAAGAAGGUGCUCAAACAACUAUUCAUUUAGCAGUUAGUGAUGAAGGAUCAAAAGUAUCGGGAAAAUAUUUCGUGGACUGCAAGAACAUAAAUUGUUUAAAUCGUCCAUAUAGUAAUGAAGAUAGGCAAAAGUUUUGGGAUAAAUGCUGUGAUCUUGUAGGACUGAAACCGGAAGAAAGAUUAAUUUAAUAAUUUUUAUGAACAACUGUUUUCAUUGUAUAAAUUUAAUAUCCUUAAAUAUGUAUAUAUAUAUAAUAUAUAAAUUUUUAUGGGUGUUACUAAUUUCAGAUAACAGUGUUAAAGAAAAGUAUCUUUCUAAUGUUUAAAUAUAUUUAUAUAAGAAAUGUCAUCUUGAGAUCUCUAUUUUUAUAAGAAAAAGAAAUGCGCAUGUUCAUCAUAAAUAAAUUAUGAAAAAUAAAAUUUGAUUGAAUAUAA